AUGGUGACUAUCUCCUCUUCCAUGAUUGACAAUCUUCGUAGUCGGCUCACGACCGCAAUCGUUCUCACCCCAGACUCGGAGGGAUAUCUGGACAGUCUCGUUCGGUGGUCCGACACGGGAAGGAAACAGGCAGGAGUUGUCGUCCAGCCCGUGGAAGUCCCAGAUGUGCAAAGCGCACUUCGGUGGGCACGGGAAUAUCAGGUGGAUAUCGCCGUGAAGGGCGGCGGCCACUCGACCGCGGGCACCAGUUCAAGUGAUGGCGGCCUAGUCAUUGACCUCUCUAGUAUGAUUCAUACCUCCGUGGACACCACCAACAAGACCAUUACGGUUCAAGGUGGUGCGACCUGGAAGGAAGUCGACGAGGCUGGUGCUGCCCACGGUCUGGCGACCGUCGGUGGGACGGUGAAUCAUACAGGGGUGGGCGGACUCACCCUGGGCGGCGGCUACGGCUGGCUCAGUGGACAGUACGGCCUUACCAUCGACAAUCUGCGAUCAGCCAAAGUGGUCCUGGCCGAUGGCAGCUUGGUGACAGCCUCGACCACGGAGAACUCCGACCUUUUCUGGGGUCUUCGUGGCGCGGGGUACAACUUUGGCGUGGUGGUGGAAUUCACUUUCCAGGCAUACGACCAGAGCCCCCUCGUGUAUUCGGGGGUUAUUGCCUUCCCGCCUGAUAAAUUGGAGAAGGUCAUCGAACUGUUGAACGGUACUCUGGCCGAUCCCGACGCCCGGUCGGGAGCGAUGUGUAUCAUCGCCCAAGCGCCGGAUGGAUCAGGCCCCAUGAUCGUGGUCAUUUGUUUCUACAACGGCACUCGCGAACAAGGACAAGCCCGAUUCGCGGGACUGGUCGCAUUGGAGCCGCUCGUCAACACCUUGGACAUGAUUCCCUACUCGGUUGUGAACACUUUACAGAACCCCCAGGCAACGUACGGCGAUCGCAAGUCAUUCAAGGGUGUCUUCUACGAGCCCCCACUUGAUCCCCGAUUCAUUCGAAAUGUCUUUGAUGAAUACGUGACCAAGGUCGAGAGUGACAAGGAUCUCAUGCCCUCUGCCAUCAUUCUUGAAUUUAUCGAUAUGCGUAAAAUCUGCGAGACACCUUUGACUGAAAGCGCCUUCGCCAGUCGCAACAUGACCCAAAAUGGCAUCCUAGUGAUGCGUUGGACCGACGCCUCGAAGGAUUUGGAACACCGAAGUUGGGCGCGCGAAGUGCAGAAGAAAUGGAAGGCCGAGUUGGAAGCCAAGAAGCGAGAGUCACUGACCGACAAUGAUGUUCCUCAGUACAUCAACUACGCCGAGCCUGGCGAUUCCAUUGUAAACAACAUCUACGGCGGGAAUCUGGCCCGUCUUCAACAGAUCAAGGCUCGAUAUGAUCCGCAAAACAUUUUCCACAAAAUGCACCCUAUCCCUCUGCCCAGCGAAGGCAGCCCAGCGAAAUGA